AUGGUUAGAAAGAAGAGAAGCGCUGUGAUUAGCGAUCCUCCGAGGAGGCCUUCAGCCCUCCCGGCGCCUGCUGAACCAAACGGUACCCCGGGCUCGCCGGUAGGUCAACCGUCGCGCGAGCCACGUGCGUUCACAGACAUCGAUGCCCAGGAAAAGCUAGUGCUCGGGCUGUUCACCACGCGGCCCGGCCUGUCCACGCUGAGGCUCUACUAUGAACUCUCGUGCGGGCGGGUGAACCUGCUCCGCUACAAGAAGUGGCAGCAGUCUAAGCCACAAAGGGUGUCCGAUGCGGCGUAUAAGAGAAUGGUCAAACGGUGGACGAGCUCCACGGAACACGUCGGACUGCUCAUGGACCACUUUCUCCGGAACGACAACUGGGCCCUUGACUACGCAAGCUUCUACUCGCCUGCGCACAAACUGUCCGUGGCCUUCCUCCUCGAUCCAGAGACCGAAGUGCUGGUCAUCGACGAUGAGUAUAACUUGCUUCUCGAUUUCGCACUCCAGUGCCGCGCGCUCGUGGAGCAGCUGCUGAAUCAGAUAGACCUGCCGUCUCUGCUCGCCAAGUGCGCCUACGGCCACGGCCGACUUUUCCAGCUCUGUGGUCGUUACGUCUGGUACACUUUUAGCGCGGAGCAGUUCGACGAGGCGCAGGAUAUCUGCUACAAAUACCUGUCGGUUCUGACCGACAAACUCACCGCGCAGCAAGAUCUCAUACCGCAGAUCCAGCCCUUGUUUGAAAUCAUCAGUUCCAGCAAGGCCAGCCAUUGGGUUUACGGGGACGGUCUGUUCACAGAGAACCCAGAAAGCGAUUCAAACAGCGACUCGGACCAUUGGCCUCAGAAAAGGUUAUCGGCGCAAGAACGCGUGUAUUCGUUUGAUUUGAAAGACGACGGUACGCUAGAAGCGUCCAAUGUUUUCAACAGGACUCGCCGGAGGCACCAAGCCCUCUACCAAGUUCUGAACCUGCAAAAGCAGAACACAGCGCCUCUUUUAAGCUCGCAGUUCUUCACGCUGUGUGCGCUGGUCGACCCAGUCACCCAGCCUACCCCGAACGACUCGCACAUUGUCUCGAUAGACCUGCUCUCAGACAUGUUUCUCGGGCUGCUGUACUCUGAGAUCAAUGAGUUGCACAUUGACUGGCGGUUUCAUGUGUGCUUUAACCUACAAAAAAUUGUACAAGCUACACUACCGAGACUGAACUGCCACGACUUCCAGAGGCUCAACUCUGUCAACAACAGUGACGACUCCAUUGACUGGAGGCGAAACCUGCACAAAUGGCUCCCGCAAGGCCUCAACACGCAGGAUCUGGAACUCAUUUAUAUGAUCGACAUUUUGGCGAUAUACAUUAUCCACAAGCUUUAUCGUGACCUUCCUGCUCAGAUGAAUCCGUUCCUAGCAUCCAUGAUAUCCCUUUGGAAAAACCUCACCUUCGUUGUUCUUCUUGGGCUGGAAAUCGACCGCUUUGAGGAAGAGCAGGAGACGUUCAGCACACCGGUUUUGGUCCGGGCGGCUAUUCGAGGCUCAUCGGCGCUGCGAAGCGUUGUGGCAACCAUCCUAAACGGCCACGUUGAGUACAAACGCCAUGACUUCCAGCAUGAACCUAUAAAUAUAUUCAUGUCCCCACAUGGACGAAAACUGUGUCAUGGCGCGCUAUACACCGAUGUGCGUUCUCACGCUGCGGCGAUGCUGGCUCUCGGAAUAGAGUUAGAGGACGUAACGAACUUACUGAGCGACCUCCAGCCGGGUGACAGAUUUGACGAGGAUGUCAAAUAUAUGUUCGAUUACGAAUAUGACAACUAUAACGAGGUUGAUACAGAGGAGCUAGACGAGGAUGAACUUGAGGAUGUUGAAUCCCGCGAACGCAUCAAAGAAAUGAGAGCUUACUACAAGCGGUGCCAUUGCCAGUUCGACGACGACGAGCUAUUGCCUGAGGAUGAGGAAGACGGCCGACCAGACGCUUCCCCUUAUCGCGUGACUAGAGACGCGCCGCCAGAUAAUAAUGUUAAACUAUCAAACACAUCGAAGCCAAUGGCACUUCGUUCACAGAAAGACAGCGUCGAGUUUGACUUUAAUGGCCGCGACUGGAGGGGCAUUCCCCGCGGACUGAACUUCUAUUUCAAUGAAAACUACGAGUUCGAGAAGCAUCUGUCUUCAGGACAGGCCCAUUCAUUGAUGUGCAACGCUGCAGAAAAGAAGCUUCCCUUGGAGGAGGGGACGCAGCUGUUGAGGGUUAUCGCGACAUGCGUAGCCAAAGAACAGGAGCUCACAGUCUUGCGCUCUGCUCUUCUUUUGGGGGAAACCCCGGAGUCAGAAAACCAUUCCACGCUGGUCGCAGAUGGUGACUUGACUACAGAUUUUGUCUACGAAAAGUGGUGCGAGAACUCUAUGUUCGAAAAGAUCUUGUUUCAUAAUGAGACUCUCGUGUGGAGAAUGAUGGAUGAAAUGCUCAUGUGCAGCGGGUACCGCAGGGUGCUGAUAUGGUUUAUUACUCAUUUGGAGGUCAGCAAUUCCAUGAUAGAGUACAUAUACACCUUAGUUUUGGGAAACCGAGGAGAAAAGGCAGCUUCUGACGGGGACUACGCCAAGGUACCUUUUUCAAGGCAGGGCGCUAUUGUCCUCUCAGACAUCGAGAUAAAAAUGCUUUUGCAGGAGUUUUUCACCAAUGCCGCCAUCUUCUUCUCUAAGCAGCUGCGAGAGUCGCUAGGCGAUGGGGAAGAUGAUGAGGACCAAGGAGAUGAUGAGAAAGGGUCGGGCAUUUCGCCACAUGUUGUCGGGCUCAUGAAGCUUGUUUGCUACAUGGUGAAGAGCCUCAUGCAAAAGGAGAUGUUUGACUUUAAAGAUCCCGAUUAUAUCUUCGAGCUCCAAACUCUUCUCAUGAGCUGGAUAUGCAUUUUGCCAGAGGCAAGAGACCUAUUUUUUGCGUUGCGUUCCCUGGUGGACGAACAAUCACAAAACAUAAAACUGGAGUCCGAAUCAAUCGCUUCUGCGUGCGAGCCCGAUUCCCAGUCCGAACCUCAAUUACCACAAGGAACUCACGCGGAACUUGAACCCGAAGCAACACAUGCAGUAUCCAUAUACAACAAAAAGUUAAUGUCGUUGCUGCCGCCGGCAGCGGGAACCGAAAAUAGCGCCAUCACCGCCUUGAGAAGCUUCAUCAGCAAGCACUCUUUAACUACGAAGACAGCUCUUUUUGGACGUCGUGUAAUUAGUCAAGACGACACUAUUAUGCCCAUGUACAUGUCUGACAGAGAAAUGGACAACCGCCAAUUCUUGGCCGAGUUCGGUAUUGACUACAACGACUUUGUUGAUGGAGCUUACGAUUCAGAUUUUGUGUAUGAUUAG